AUGUUACAAGUGCUUUCGCAAGAUCCUCAUCUUAUUCAACCUUCUGACGAAGCCGCCACUCGCGCAUGUGUGUACUUUCUAUCGCAAGUCGGCGCAACCUUUGAAUUUCAACGCACACGUAAUGCGGACGCCUGUUCCCCGGAUCACUUAUUACCCGUAACUUGCUACAAUGGACAGUUAAUAACUGGUUUUGAUGCUUUGUGCAAUACCCUUGAAGCCACGCGACCAAGAAUAACUCCUCAAUCGGGUGACACAAUGGAGGGUGAUCGUGCCGCUCGGAGUCUCCGCCGGAUUUACUUAGUUUGGCUUUCAGAUAUUUUGCGCAACGUUAUGCUAUAUUUUACUUGGCACAACGAACCCACAUUCAGUGAGUUCACAAAAAACCGGUUCAGUUUGGCACUGCCUUGGCCGUUGUCAAGUUUGGUGAUGAACAGAGAGAAACAGCUUUAUAAAACGUAUUUGAGUGCUGUCGGCUGGGACAAGAAAAGUGUGAACGAUGUGCUUGAAUCAGUCGAGAGCGUCUGUGUUGGAUUGACCGAAUUACUCCACGAGGGUCCGUUUCUGUUUAAACGACCUUCCGUGGGCCGCCUGGACGCACUUGUCUGUGGAUACUUUUCUGUUUUCCUGGAUUAUGAUAACAUAUUCCAAGAGGUCAACAAUGUGCUGAAAAAACAUAUGAAACUGAUGGAGUUAAUAGAUCGAGUGAAGGAACAGUGCAAUGCCGCACAAAAGAUUUUAUAG